AUGAAAGCACUGAACCGCCCCCUCAACACUCCGCAUGGCCCGCAAGAACAGUUUAUCGCACUUUGGUAUCGGCACGGCAAGCCGUGCAUGGGCCGAGCUUGGAACAGCAACGGCAGGAUUGACGCCUCGUUUGUUGAUGCUGGCCAUGAGUUCACUGGACACAUUGUUGGCUCUAUGCAAAUGCUCGUCGAACUGCCAGCCACGGCUGCUGGUUUCGAAUAUUGCUGGCUGCCGUACGAACAGCGAAAAAAGGCUAAAGGCACUGACUACGAUCACAAGAAGGUGGAGCAAGUCCAUUCAUGGGUACCGAUAAUGAAAGCACUGAACCGUCCCCUCAACACUCCGCAUGGCCCGCAAGAACAGUUUAUCGCACUUUGGUACCGGCACGGCAAGCCUUGCAUGGGCCGAGCUUGGAACAGCAACGGCAGGAUUGACGCUUCGUUUGUUGACGCUGGCCAUGAGUUCACUGGACACAUUGUUGGCUCUAUGCAAAUGCUCGUCGAACUGCCAGCCACGGCUGCUGGUUUCGAAUAUUGCUGGCUGCCGUACGAACAGGCCUCAGGCUACCAGGACAAAGAUUUUGCGCCCGUUCAUUUGAGUUACGUGGCACCAUGCGUGGUACAGCUUGAUGCCUAUGAGGUACUAGGGUCUGUUAAUCUGAAGAAGGAACGCGUCGAAGCUGCCAUUGACGGCCGCGUGCUGACUCUUGAUGGACCAAAAAUACGAACACUAAAGGUACUGUGCAGGAAAGAUCGUGACGACACAAUGACUAUCUAA